AUGGCAAGUAAAAUUGCCAUUACUUUCUUGGUUUUUGCUAUUGCUAUUCCAUGCUUUGAAGCUGGUAUUGCUGAGUUUGAUGAUUAUCUUAAAGCACAAGCUAAUUUAGCUCGUGAAAUUGCUCUUAAGUCUUAUAUUCCGAAUCCAGAAAAUAUUACAACUGAGAUCAAUCAUCAUGUCCAUAUGGCAAUGCAAGAGGCAAUGGCGGAGGAGGAAUAUUCAAAUAACACAAGGAGGGAACUAAGACAAGGACAUAGAGGUUUUGGUAGAAAGGCGGUAGGAGGACUUGGUGGAAAGUACUAUAUUGUCACAGAUCCUUCCGACAAUGAUAUGGUUAACCCAAAACCUGGCACUCUCCGUCACGGUGCUGUUCAAAAGGGACCACUUUGGAUUAUUUUCGCACAUAGCAUGGUCAUUAGAUUGAAUCAAGAGUUGAUGGUUUCAUCCGACAAGACAAUUGAUGGUCGUGGUGCCCAAGUUCACAUUAGGGAUGGUGCUGGAAUUACAAUGCAAUUUGUGAACAAUGUCAUUAUUCAUGGUCUUCGCUUAAAGAACAUUAAGGCUAAGAAUGGUGGUAUGAUUAGAGACGCUUUUGAUCAUGUUGGACUAAGAACAAGGAGUGAUGGUGAUGCCCUCUCCGUCUUCGGUUCAUCAAACAUAUGGAUUGAUCAUAUUUCUUUAUCCGAAUGCGAGGAUGGUCUUAUUGAUGUUAUUCAAGGCUCUACCGCAAUUACCAUCUCAAAUUGCCAUAUGACCAAACAUAAUGAUGUUAUGUUGUUCGGAGCUAGUGAUAAAUACACCGAUGACAAGAUUAUGCAAAUCACAGUUGCAUUCAACCAUUUCGGACAAGGAUUGAUUCAAAGAAUGCCAAGGUGUAGAUGGGGAUUCUUCCAUGUUUUGAACAAUGAUUACACACAUUGGAUCAUGUAUGCAAUUGGUGGAAGUUCAGAACCAACAAUUCUCAGUCAAGGAAACCGUUUCAUCGCUCCUAACAACAAUGCUGCAAAGACAGUCACACAUAGAGAUUAUGCAACAGAAAGUGUUUGGUCGAAAUGGCAAUGGAGAUCAGAAGGUGAUUUCUUCAUGAAUGGUGCAACAUUUAUUCAAUCUGGUGCUCCUAUUAAGAAUCUUCCAUUCAAGAAAGGGUAUCUGAUGAAACCAAGACAUGGAUCACAGGCUAAUAGGCUUUCACGAUUUUCUGGGGCACUCAGUUGCAGGGUGGGUAGGCCUUGCUAG